GUAUUGAAACCACGUAUUCUGAACAUCAAAUUAGCAAAGGGGAACGCAGUUUUAAACUUGAACUGUAAAUAACCACCAAAGAUUCUUUUAAAAUAAUAUUAAUAAUAUUAACAACUGAAUGAGACUUUUUCAUCUUUAAAUAUUGUAUCAACAUACCAGAACCGGUACAUUUGUUGUUGUUUGUUCUGUAAACCCAUUUGAUAUUAAAUCAAGUAGCAUAGCUUGCAGAACUCCCAAAACGUCGAAUACUCAUGCGAUGCAUUUUUUGAAGUUGUGAAAUAUUGUUGACGGAUUUGUGGAGCGGUCAUUUAAUCUCGAUUUUCAAUAAAGAUGACGACUUUUCCUCCAGAAAUGUUUAAUUUCACUGGACUACCGAUUAGUGUGGCAACUAUGAACGAUUCUUUUGUGAACAAGACCGAGGUGGGCUCCCCUCCGUUUCUUACAGAUGCCUGGCUAGUACCGCUUUUCUUUGCUCUCAUUAUGUUGGUGGGGCUCAUUGGAAACUCUUUGGUCAUCUAUGUAAUCUCCAAGCACAGACAGAUGCGGACAGCUACCAAUUUCUACAUAGCUAACCUGGCGGCUACAGAUAUUAUUUUCCUGGUGUGUUGUGUUCCUUUCACUGCUACACUUUACCCUCUUCCAAGCUGGAUCUUUGGAGAUUUUAUGUGCAAAUGUGUAGCCUUCUUACAGCAGGUGACUGUCCAGGCUACCUGCAUCACCCUGACAGCGAUGAGUGCAGACCGCUGCUAUGCCACAGUGUACCCUCUGAAGUCCUUACGCCAUCGCACCCCUCGGGUAGCCAUGGCUGUUAGCAUCUGUAUCUGGAUUGGGUCUUUUAUUUUAUCAAUACCCAUUAUCAUAUAUCAGAAGAUCCAGGAAGGUUACUGGUAUGGACCCAGGAGCUAUUGUAUGGAGCAGUUUCCAUCUGAAACCCAUCAGAGAGUGUUCAUCUUGUACCAGUUUCUGGUGGUCUACUUACUGCCCCUUAUCACCAUCUCUCUCUGCUACUCCUUAAUGUUGAAGAGAGUUGGACAACCAGUGGUGGAGCCUGUGGAUAACAAUUACCAGAUUCAGUUGCUGUCACAGAGAACUAUUGCCAUGAGAAGCAAGAUUUCCAAAAUGGUGGUGGUGAUUGUCCUGCUGUUUACCAUCUGCUGGGGUCCCAUUCAGCUCUUCAUCUUGUUCCAAUCCUUCUACCCCAACUUCCAGGCCAACUACGCCACCUAUAAGAUCAAGACUUGGGCCAACUGUAUGUCGUACGCCAACUCCUCCAUCAACCCCAUUGUCUACGGCUUCAUGGGCGCCAGCUUCCGCAAGUCCUUUAAAAAGGCCUUUCCCUUUAUGUUCAGGCGCAAGGUGAGGGAUGGCAGUGUAACCUCUGGGGCAGUCAAUGCAGAAAUGAAGUUUAUAGCUACAGAUGUCACCUAGAAUGAAUUGAAAUAAGCAUGUGUUAUAAUAUAUACAUUAUAAAACUAUAACCUACAGAGAAAACAUCAAAGACAAAUCAGUAGGCUAUACUAAGGAGGUAUGGCUUCUUUAAAAUGUAGCAAGUAGCAGUGCAGUCCAAAAAGUAUGUUGUCUUUUUAUGUACGUAUUUGUAAUUUCAUGUUUGAAUAAUACACUGUGUAUGUAUUUGUUUAUGGUAUAUAUUUGUUUAUGGUAUAUCAUAAAUGUAUUUAAAGGACAAAUAGUAAUAUCAGCAUACUUUUUUUCAGGCCUUGCUUUUCUUUUAUAACCUGACCAGUAGAGAUUUUAUUUUUAAUUUGCCUUGAAUCAUCCUAUAAUUUCAAAAGGUUGUAUUACAAAACAAGUGCCAGCUAUACAUACAUCCUUUUUUUUUUAAUGAUCCUGUGGUUAGAAUAAGUAUAUAUAGCAAUGGAGUCAUGCAGUUCUUGUCUAAUCUGAAGCAAAGACUGAAGCAAAGCUGACCCAGGUGUUUGGAAGAGAGAUGUCAUGUCUAAGUGCAUUCUUCUAAAUAAAUAAAUAUAUUAAAAAAUGUAAUUCCUAAAUAUGUAUGGCAUGGCACAUUACCUUUAAAAUAAAAUAAAAAUGGAUAAUCAUAUUUUUUCCUAUUAUUAUUAUUAUUAUUAUUAUUAUUAUUAUUAUUAUUAUUAUUAUUAUUUGAACUCACAGAAGGCAUUAUAUGUAAAAAUACAAUGACAUUUCUAGCCCUUUAUAAAAAAGAAAGCAAGCACAUUUUAAUGCGACACGUCUCUGGUUGGAAUUUCAAAAAACAUUGAAGGAAAAGUUAUUGGUAUAUUAAAAAAAUAACAGGCCUUGAAGACUUUUUUUGCAGUAUGUCUUGUUUUUGAUAAACAUACAAUUGAUCUGCUGCAGUUUACCCAAUACUUUGAUUUGUCUUUGUUCUUUAAACAAAAUCUACUUACUGAGCAGAAAUUGACUUCACAAUAGCUGAAUACAGCUGCCUACAAAAGGGUCACAGUUGUGUGGAUUCUGUGCUGGUGCAGCUCUGUAAAAGAGUGCCUGUAGAAAGGUGGUGUUUGAAGCACGGAGAAUGUUGACAUUGCUAUUCUAUUGAAUGCACACACUUACACCUCCUUGUGUACACAACUUGCAGGUGGUGAGCUGAGCUGAAUACGGACUGGGUAACUCCACAGACAGAGGAUCAAUGUUAACCUUCAUGUUUUUUUAAAAGAGCCAUGCCUUUUGAAUCUUCUCAAGUUUUGACAGACAUGCUGCCUAGCAUAGCACAAUGUGGACAAAACCUUGCACAUUCCAUUUCUCUACGGUAUGGGAUAGGACAUUAAACCCACAAGAAUUGCCACCCAAGGCUAUUAUUGCUACUUAAUACUACUAUUAAGCUAAUGGAUAUUUAUUCGGAACAACAAGGAUGCCACAAUUCCAAACUUUACUUUUGUAAUUGGAACAUAAUGGACUAAUUAUAACCUGGGUUUCUGUACAAACAAUGGGGAAAAUGUUUUUUGAAAUCAACAUACCAAACAGUAGUUAUUUGUCUACCAGCUCAUCAUACUAAAAAACAAUGGAGAAUACAAACAAAGCAUAGUGUCUAAGUUCAAUAAGAGAAGUGACAACUGGUUAAUUAAUAUAUGAUCUAACUUUCUGGGUUGUCUUUUCAUUUGGGAGAAUUUUACAGAUCCAUUUGUAAUGCUAAAUACUAUACAAUUCAAUUGUAAUUUAUUAUCACUAUCACAGUUUAGUAACACUUUAUAUUUAAUGUAAUAACAUAUAACACGGUUAUCGUCCUUUAAUUCCUAUUAAUUCCUAUAAAAUAAAUUUCAGUUUGUGAUACAUUCACUACCCAUGGCAUAACCAUGUUAGGUUUGGAGUUCAAGGAAUGAGUGUUAAUGCAUUAAUAAUUACACCAAGUACAUUCAUAUAAACAGACCUUAUUGUAGGUUUACCCACCGUGACAUUAGUUACACGUUUAAUUACAUAGCUUUUACAUUGUAACUAAAAGUUAUAAUGACAUUUAUCAAAAACUUUAUUACAAUUAUACUGUAACUACACUAGCUCUCAGUACUUUUCACAUGGAAGAUACAGUCACAUUCUGUACUUGGUAAACUUCAUUUGUGUAUGCGUUAGGGCAAUUUGUGUUAGGUUGUUGUUAUAUAUUGGAGUAUUUGUUUUCAGGUUUGCUAUACAUGUUUUCU